AUGCCCCUCAUGCUAGGGGGUUACCGGGGUCCCCUCAGGAUUGUGGCCACGGCCCUCAAGGCUCGCCCCAGGCCUCUGCCUCCUACCCCCGCUGGCCAAUUGUGGGGGCAGGCCGAGGCUGCAGAAUUAAGGCUUCCUGACCAAGCCCCUCUGAUAGUCACAAGGCUCAUUGAAGCGCUGGAAAAACAAGGCAUCGACAAUGAGGCUCUUUACCGAGCCCCUUCUGGCGCCUUCAGCAACCCUGAGCUCAAACAGGCUCUUCUGACCGAUGCAGCAGCUGUCGACAUGGCCCAGUUUGAUGGGCAGACGUUGGCCGAGGCCCUGAAGUGGUACCUCCAUGAGCUCCCGUGCCCUGUGAUCCCCCCGGCGAUCUACAGCGACUUAGUCCACACGGCUCAAGAAACCCAGAGCCUGGAAGAGUGCGGCCGGCGGGCGAAGACCCUCCUGGAAUCCCCGGCACUGCCCCAGCAGCACGGCCCCUUCCUCCACAUGGAGGGGACCCCGGAGCACCACGCGAAGAUCCUUGAGGCGCUCAUCGUGGCCGGAGGCGUGGCCGAGACGCAAGCUGCACUCUCCUGUCAGGUCUUCAGCAUGGAGGGGACCCCGGAGCACCACGCGAAGAUCCUUGAGGCGCUCAUCGUGGCCGGAGGCGUGGCCGAGACGCAAGCUGCACCCGGUUUGCAUGGCAGUGGGGCUGUGGCUCGCGGAAGCCGCUGA